GGAGGAGGAGGAAGAGGAGGAGGAAGCUCAGCGUCUGGAGAGGCUGGAGGAGCAACAUUUUCCUGCACAGACCCAACCAGAGCAGAUACCCAGCAGUGACCAGAGCACCUCCAGGCUUAUAGAUGUGGAAGGAGCACUGUGCAAGUUGUUCUCCUGGGUGUCUGGCCCAGUGAUUCAACCCCAGACAGGUGACGUAGGAAGAGGAAGAAAGGAGGGCCAUGGGGGUGAGCCAGAAUGGAGGCUGGCUCCUGCCUUUCCUGUUCUUGCUACUUAUGAUCACAGUGUCACCCGCCCAAAGCCAAAGUUGUCCACAGCGCUGCGAGUGCAUUGCCAAGCUCAAGACUGUGUCCUGUUUUGGCAAACGUCUGUCCGCACUGCCAGACGGAAUCCCGUCCGACACCAAGAUCCUGGACCUAAGCGGGAACAAACUUCGCUGGGUCGAGCAUGGUGACCUGCUUCCAUAUCCACGUCUCGAAAAGCUGGACCUGAGUGACAACAUGAUCAGCGUCCUGGAACCAAAUGCUUUUUCUAGUCUCCAAAACCUGCAGUCGCUUUCGCUGAGGGGUAACCAACUGAAGCUGGUCCCUAUGGGGGCCUUCUCACGUCUCUCCAACCUGACGUCACUGGACCUCAGUGGAAAUAAGAUUGUAAUUCUUUUAGACUUUACUUUCCAAGACUUGAAGAGUCUAAAGAACUUGGAGGUUGGAGACAAUGAUCUGGUUUAUAUCUCCAACAAGGCCUUUUUGGGUCUAGUGGGACUGAGGGAGCUGACCAUUGAGAGGUGCAACCUGACUUCAGUGUCCAGCCAGUCUUUGUCAUACCUGCAUAACCUGGUCACUCUACGGCUCCGCUACCUCAGUAUCUCCGCCUUAGAGGACCAGAACUUCCGAAAGUUGGGGAACCUAAGGGGCCUUGAGAUCGAUAACUGGCCCUUCUUAGAGUACAUCUCCCCUCACAGCCUGCAGGGUCUUAACUUGUCUUGGUUGUCUAUUACGCACACCAACAUCACCUCUGUGCCCACCUCUGCCCUGCGCAGUCUGGCUCACCUCACCAGCCUCAACCUCUCCUACAACCCUAUCUCAGUGCUGGAGUCCUGGGCGCUGCGGGAUCUCAUCCGGCUCAAGGAGCUGCAUCUAGUCAACACUAACCUGGUCGUAGUGCAGCCGUAUGCGCUUGGCGGUCUUAGACAAAUCCGCCUUCUUAACCUUUCCACCAACAGCCUGGUGACCCUGGAGGAGGGAGCCUUCCAGUCCGUCAACACUCUGGAGACGCUACGUUUGGACGGAAACCCUCUGGCCUGCGACUGCCGCUUGCUCUGGAUCCUCCAGCGUAGGAAGACCCUCAAUUUUGACGGUGCCUCCCCAGUGUGCAUGACGCCUGUUGAGGUGCAGGGACGGGCUCUCAACGCUUUCUCUGACUCAGCUCUCUUUGACCACUUUACUUGCCAGAAGCCCAAAAUUCGCAACAGGAAACUGCAGCAGAUAUCUGCUCGUGAGGGGCAGGUAGUCUCCUUCAUUUGCAGAGCCGAAGGUGAGCCCACACCAGUGAUAUUCUGGAUUUCCCCUCAGCGCCGCCGCAUCACCACAAAGAGCAGCGGCCGCCUAACUGUGUUGCCAGAAGGCACGCUAGAAAUACGGUACGCCCAGGUAACGGAUAGUGGAACUUACAUCUGCAUUGCUAGCAAUGCUGGUGGAAAUGACACCUAUUUUGCCACACUUACAGUAAGCGGGCUGCCGCUGGACGCAGCCCUCAUGGCCAACCGUACCUAUUAUGCUGGAGAUCUUAAUGACACAAAUCUGAACGAUACCAGAGUCUUCUUGAAGUUUACUCUGGACCUCAAGACCAUCCUCAUAUCCACAGCUAUGGGCUGUAUCAUGUUCCUGGGAGUGGUCCUGUUCUGUUUCAUCCUGCUGUUUGUGUGGAGUCGAGGCAGAGGACAGCACAAAAACAAUUUCUCAGUAGAGUAUUCUUUCAGAAAAGUGGAUGGACCUGCAGCCAGUGGAGGACAGGGUGGAGCGCGCAAGUUCAACAUGAAGAUGAUUUGAUUAUUCAGAACUCUUUUCCUUUUUAGUACUUUUUCCCCCCAGUACUGUUUACAGGCAGUCACAAACAAAGACACAAAGGGACAUUAAGGACAUUAAACUGGACUUUUGUGCUAUAAAAACAUUCAAGUCAAGAAUUUAUAGGACAUUUUAUCCAGACGCGGUUUUGCUAUUGAAAAGCUACUAUAUGUAUUAAAAAAAAAAAACGCAAUCUGUGAGGCUUUGAUAUAUUUCUACUGCUCUUUAUUGUGUGUUCACAUUAUUGUGCAGAGAAAAGCUGGAUUAUACUUAAAAUAUGUCUCAAAAUUUCCAAUAGACUGUUAAAAGACCAAGCAACAAAAGCACUCAGAGUCCCACCAGUGUUUAACCUUUAGAAAGCUCUUGCCAACUCCAUCCUCCCUCCCUACAAGGAACUCCGUCCUCUUCAUCUUUAAAAAGGACCUCACCUCUCUGCUCCAUCUCAGAUGAUUCAGGCUCCAAACCGAUGAAUACGUAAUAACAGGGUGGUGCUCAGUGAAUGCCAAGUACUUGCCAAUAUGUAUUUGAAUAGUUCCAGCUAUAUACUGCAUAUUUACACUCAUUUAUAGUCAGGACUUGAGAGCAACGGUGUGACAUAAAUAUAGAGGCUCUGCUUGAAGGCGUUUCGCUGAUGGGUGGUUUGUAUAGAAUAGAUGACACCUAGAGACUACACUCUGCAACACUGCCAAUAUGACCGUAAAGCACCAUCUAAUAUCACUGUCAGUCCAAUGGCGUGGUAGAGAGGAGCUACUCCUCACCGGACCCAAUGCACAGUUGUGUGGUGACAAAUCAGUACAUGCAGAUGCACAUUUAGUUAGACUUUCCAUUGUUGUUCAGUAAAUCUGUACAAGAAUCCUACCCUCUGAAAAAAAAACAACUGUAUGUAAAAAGGAAUGCAUGUACAGAGUCGGCUUCUUCUUACUUUGGAAAAACUUGUAGUAUUUGUAUAUUGAACAUUUGUUGGGGUGCGUUCAUCCCAAAACUUGUAUAGGUAGGGUUAUAAACUGUAUAAGAUUGUAUUAUAUAUUUUGUAAUCGCUGAAAUCCUUGUGGUUGUUUAUAGUACUGUUGAGUGAUUAAUCAGAUUUUACUGUUCUACUGUAAGUUAACUGUUAAUCUCUCUUUUUGAAAGCAGUCUAGUUAUAAACAGAGCUUUUACAGUCUCACUGUAGGAUGCCAUCAUUUAGAUCUGGUACUGAAACAUGCCUGAGCUGGCGCAACAAAUCCCGAAGGACAUUUACAUCAGGUUUCAGUUCACUCGCCUAUUUUUGACCGCGUGCGAGUGACAGUGGGGAGGCUCGGCUGACCAGCGGGUGAAGGAGUUAAGUGGUUUCUCAUCAGGACCUCGAUGUGUUGGAGACAUGCAGGGAAAAUGCAAAUGUGAUGAAGACCUUGCGCAGAGGUCAUAAUGAAACUGAACCAGUGAGGAGAAGGAGUUGAGAUAUUCUACGAAAGACUCUCGCUGAGUGUUAGAACAAAUGGCUGUAUGUUAACUUUCAAAAAACACGAGGUAGGUGUGUAGUCUAGUCGGAGUGAUUCUGAAAGUGAUUUCAUCAGCAGCAGCAGUAGGAUGUUGAUAUUUCAUUUUGGUUCAAGGUAGUAAUAAAACAAGCAAGCUGCUUAUAUAAUUCUAACGUUGAGGUAUAUCUUUUGAUUUGUGGGUUCAAACCUGGGAAUCAAAACCAUUUUUUCAAAACCUACUUCUUCUGUUUAACUUCAACUACUGCAUUUCCAACAGUGUUGCUCUGCUGCCCUCUGUUGGCGAUACUGAAUUUUCCACUAUUUGUAGUUAAAAUAGAGUUAACCUCAGCUAACCUGCAGAGUUAAAACUAAUCAGCAUCUUCCAUUUCCCAAAAGGCAAAUGUGAAAAUUCAAAGAUGGCUGACCUGAAUCCAGUAGUGCUGGAAAUGUAAAUUAAUUCAACAUUUGUAAUACAGCAAACCCUGCCUCUCUACUUCUACUUUUGCAAGUUAAAAUGAAUGUUUAAAAAAUGCAAAUAGAAUACAGUGUCCCAUGUUGCCUCAUUUAGUGUUUACCCAGAUAUACACUGCACAGGAAAUUUUGCAAACAAAAUCGCUGAUAAUGAACUGUGAAUAUGUUCCUGGACUGACUGAACAGCAGUUAAGCUUCAUCUUUGUAUUUUAGAUAUGUAAGAAAUUAAAUUUCAGCUGUAAUUUCUGUGUCCUUUACUGAAUUCAUCCUGUAAAUAUAGAAACCAUUGUGUCUGGAAAUUGUGCAAGACUGUUUUGUAUUGUAUUGUUUUAUAAGAAAAAAAAAAAGAAGAAAAGAAAAGAAAAAAAAGAAGCACACUGUUUAUAAAGCAUGUGAUAUUAUCUGCUAUAAUGAUGUCUUGUCCCUGAACCCAUUUUUAUAGCAGUUAUCUGGUCUCUCAGUCUUUAUGGUGGCAGCCUGAGAAGCAUAUUAAUCAUUGAGUCUACAAUAGACCCGUGACCCCCCCACUGUGAAAUUUGUGUUGCUAAUUUUGUGUUUUUGGGUCUGUUUCCCCAGGGGUUUGUCAUAUUUAAAAUUCAGAGGGAUGGGUAUGUUAUCUACAUACUGCUUAGAAGAAGACAUCUGUGUCAUAACUCACUUCAGUUCAUGAUAGAAGCAUGAUGCGCUCUAUGAGGAGGGUUAUUAUUGUUCAUUUUCUAUGCAUUCAUCAAAAGUUACAAAAAAAAAUAAAUGAAUUUUUUGUGAGCAGACAAAA